AUGACGCAGGGCUACAGACGACCCCAUACCGAUCAUGCCCAGGUCGUUAGACCACCUCGAAAUCCAGCUCAUCGAAAUCCACAUCGUCAAGGACCCAUUUUGAAGCCGGACUACGAUUGGGAGAAGUGGGAUGAGAUAGCUGUCAGAUUACGAGGAGUCGCCCGUCAUGAGACAACAUACAACCUCUGGAGAAUUUUCCGAAAACACGGCGAAAUUUCCUUCAUUGAACUCUUUGAAAGAGAUGGUAGAAGAGACGGCAGUGCUAAGAUUGUGUUCUCACCCCCGCCAGCCACCCCUUUCUGGAAUAAUACAACUCAUACCAUCGACAAUGAAGAUGAUCCUGGCGCAACAUACAUGGUCAACGUUAGUCUAUGGGAUGAGAGAUCUCAAGGCAAGACAAUCCAGAGCCCCGUAAAGAAGACUAAGUUCUACCAACCAAGAAUGAAGCUCAUCGCUUCGGCCAUUCAUUUCGGCCUUCUGGUCGAUCCAGUAUCGAUGAUGCCUCUGCACACUAUCAAGCCAAAUCAGUGGGAGCAAAAUGGCACCGCGUUCACCGUCGAUCUCAAGAGACGCCGUAUUGUGGCUAACUUCACCACAAAAUUCGAAAACCCUGGAUAUGUUCCUAGUUAUGAUCGCGACAAUCAGUACAUGUUUCAUAUCCCCUUUGAUCAGUUGACAAAGAUCCAGCGAUUGGACUUCAGUGAUAUUGCCUUUGCCCUGGUCUUAUCCGUUGAGUCGCCCCCACAAUACUAUCGGAAGAGACAAGAUCAAAUGGCUGGACACACCAAGGAGAAUCCACAGUGGAGCGAGUGGGAUACGUGGUACAGGCAAACUGAUAUUGUUUAUGAUCCAUACAUUCUCCAAAAGGAGACAAUCGCUCUUCAUAAAGACCGUCCCGUUAUUGACAUUGGUCGCUGGAGCACAUAUCUCUUCGAAUUCAGCCAUUCUAACAACUCGGCCGCACUUUACGCUGAGAUCAAACAAGCCCUCCAAGACUUCAAUAUCGAGAUUGUCCCCGUUCCGGUUCUGACAAAGGUCCCAUCUCACUCUGCCGAUCUUUGGCAUUUGAUCGACCCCCCGAACUCGCAAAAUGCUUCUGCUGACCUUGCAUUUAUGCAAGGCAGUGAUAGCACGAUUGCAUUACCGUGGGAGGUCCGUUACCAACUGGAGGUCUGCAUAUCUCGUGAGAUUAUCAACGAGUACAAUAUCGACAAGCAUUUCGUGAAGAAGCUCGCUGACGCCGCCGCCGAAGACCCCGCAAAAGCUAGACACAUUCUCGAGUAUGUUGCUAGCCAGGAGAAACGUAUCUACGAGCCAUUAUCCAUCUUCGAUGAUCCGCUAGCUUUAGCUUUUACAUCCAAGACAGAGAUUCCUCACUACUGUGCUUACUCGCGCAAGGCGACAAUUACUCCAUCCACCAUGUAUCUCAGCUCCCCUACAGUUGAGACUACCAAUAGAGUCCUCCGUCACUAUUCAAGAGAAAACAAGGAUGGCCGAUUCCUUCGAGUACAAUUCACCGACGAACUGGCUGAGGGCAAAAUCUUCUCUUGUGCUGACAAGCAAAGAAAUGACGAGCUCUUUACUCGUGUGUACAGAACUCUCUACAAUGGCAUCCGCAUCGGAGAUCGGCACUUCGAAUUCCUCGCCUUUGGUAAUUCGCAAUUUCGAGAAAAUGGUGCAUACUUCUUCUGUCCAACUGACCAUUUGUCCUGUGAAGAUAUCCGCAAAUGGAUGGGCCAUUUCGACCACAUUCCAGUCGUUGCUAAGUACGCGGCCAGACUCGGUCAAUGCUUCUCAACCACUCGAGCCAUCAACGGUCUUUCUGCUCCUAAAAUCGUGACGCUUGCUGAUGUUGAGAAUAACGGCUAUUGCUUUACAGAUGGAGUUGGCAAGAUCAGUCCAUUUCUUGCCCAGAUGAUUGCUGCAGAGUUGCAAUUACGCACUACAACUGCUCCAUCAGCAUUCCAGUUUCGACUUGGCGGGUGUAAGGGUGUUUUGGCCGUCUGGCCAGACGCAAAGGAGAAGGAGGUCCACAUUCGAAAGAGCCAGCAGAAGUUCACCGCUACGUACAAUGGACUCGAAAUCAUUAGAUGCGCUCGUUUCUCUUGUGCCUCACUGAACCGACAAACCAUUGUCAUUCUGUCUUCUCUCGGCGUUCCUGAUGAAGUGUUUCAUAAGAUGCUUGCCGUGCAACUUGCCAACUACCAAGAUGCAAUGAGUAACGAUGAGGUCGCCGUCAGUCUGUUAUUAAGAUACAUCGAUGAGAAUCAGAUGACUAUUAAUCUUGCCACCAUGAUCCGGAACGGUUUCAUGGCCCAGCGAGACCCUUUCGUGCUCUCACUCCUUCAUCUGUGGAGAUCUUGGUCCAUCAAGCUUCUGAAGGAGAAAGCAAAGAUUAUUGUUGAGGAUGGUGCAUUUGUGCUUGGCUGCGUUGACGAGACAGGCACCCUGCGUGGUUACACUAAGCCAAAGGCUGCCCAUGGACAGCAGCUUGCUCAAGAGGAGUUGCCUCAGAUUUUUAUCCAGGUACCCGAUAAAGAAGAUCCAAAUCGAUACAAUGUGGUCGAAGGAAUCUGCUUGGUUGGCCGCAACCCGUCUCUCCAUCCCGGUGAUCUCAGAGUCGUUGAGGCAGUCAAUGUUCCAGCUCUACAUCAUCUCAGAGAUGUUGUUGUGUUCCCAAUACAAGGAGACCGCGAUGUACCUAGUAUGUGCUCUGGAGGUGACCUUGAUGGUGAUGAUUUCUUUGUGAUCUGGGACAAGAAUCUUCGACCACCAGAAUGGAAUUGUGAACCCAUGAACUACUCUCCACCAAAGUCAAAGGUUCACAGCCGACCAGUCGAGAUCACUGAUCUGAUGAAGUUCUUCGUUCGUUACAUGAAGAAUGAUGCUCUCCCUACCAUCGCCCAUGCUCAUUUAGCCAACGCGGAUGAACGAGAGCGAAGUGUCAAGGACCCGAAGUGUCUGAAACUUGCUGCUUUGCAUUCUAAGGCCGUUGAUUAUGUCAAGACGGGUGAGCCCGCCGAGAUGUCCAAGGACCUCCGUCCCAGAAAAUGGCCUCACUUCAUGGAGAAAAAACACAAGCCCAAAGAGUCCCAAUACCAUUCGGACAAAAUCCUGGGCCAACUAUAUGACAAGGUCGAGAAGGUCAACUUCACCCCACAGUAUGAAGAGCCUUUUGAUAAGCGCAUCCUCAGAGCUUAUACUCUCGACGAUGCCAUACUGAAGGCCGCUAGGCAAGUCAAAUCAAAGUAUGAUGUCCACAUGAAGCGUAUCAUGGCUCAGCAGGAGAUCAAGACUGAAUUCGAAAUCUGGUCUACGUUCGUGUUGUCCAGACCACGUGUCGGCAGCGAUUACAAGGUUCAAGAGGAAGUCGGUAGACUCUCUGAAUCAUUGAAGGACCAAUUCCGUCUUGAGUGUCUCGAGAGAGCUGGUGGCAAGGAUUUCUCUGUCCUCGGACCCUUCGUCGCGGCCAUGUACAAGGUCACAAAGGAGGAGCUUGAUAUCGCCCUUGCCGAAUGCCGAGCUACUAAGGUGGUAGGUGGCACUUCAGUGCCGGUCCGAAAGAUGGAGGCUGGCUACAUGCCAUUCAUCUCGUUCCCUUGGCUCUUUGAGAAGGAACUUGGACGCAUUGCGACUGGGAUUGACACCUCUGAUGAGUUGGAAGAUCUUGGCAUAGCAUCUUUACUCCUCAAGGAGCUUGGCCAUUCCCGAAAGCGACAAUGUGGUGGUGGACCUUUGGAGGAAGACUACAUCAAACGCGAGGAUGGAGUUCUCAUCCACCGUGGUGAAGAACUGGACUUGUUCAGUCAUACACUUGACACUGAAGAGUACACAGAUGAGAGCAACCUUGAUGAAGCUCGAGUAACCAGAGAUGGGCAUUGGUUGACGACCAGCAGAUCCGGCGAGGAGAUCUUAGCUACUGAGUUCGAGCUUCCCAACUCUCCCAUCCCUGAUUAUAUGCAGAAAGGUACUGGUGUCGAAGACGUUGUCCCCCAAGCACCACUAGAUGGACUAGUCGGACCUCGGAAGGCAGCCAAAGAUGCUCACUCAGACUAUACCAACUGUAGUUCUGCUUUGGCAGGUGUGUCCGAAAAGCCUAGCAAGUCUGCAAACCAACUUGGCUCUGACCUAACUGGGUCCCGAGACGUCAACUCAAUUGACGAGCCAAUCGGUACUCUUAACCCCGACGGAUCGCCGACUGGUAGUGAGCCUGGUGUAUCUUCUUCAUCCACCCUCGAUACUUGGUCUGCUUCGGCUGAGAUUGAGGAGGAAGUUGUUGAGCUUGAGGUGAAGGAGUCUAGUAUCGAGAAGGUGGCUCGCUUACUUGGUAAUCAAGGUCCCCAAAAUGUACCUGUCGACAACCAGGAAGACGAUGUAGUUGAGGAUGAGGUCAUCUUGAACAUCAAGGAGUCUUCUUUGGAUAAGCUCAACCGUUUGAUGGCAUCUUAG